AAUUACACUGUAAAAACUGUGGUGUUAAAACUGACACCGAUUGGUGUUAAUAGAGGACCACACCCUGAGGUGUUAAAAUAACCCCCUAGAGAUUGAACAUAACACCAAAGAGUGUAAAUGUAACAACCAUAGGUGUUGUAAUAACACCUAUAUGUGUAAAACUAACACCACCAAUUUAACACCGGUGUAAAAUAACUGGUGUGGUCCUCUAUGUACACCGGCUAACACCAAAGUUUUUGCUGUGUAGCUUUCGACCCUUUCCAGUAACGACAAUCUGUUGAUUAAUCGUUGGCAAUAUACUAAUUCUGUUCGUUGAAAAUUGUUUGCCUGUUUUCUGUCCUUACAGAAAUACUCAAGUAAAGAACUUUGCACUACAUUUACUGACGAAAUGGACAAAGUGAACGGGAACUCGAAUAGCAGCGUUGAAGAAAAUGCAAGCGAACCCGUCGAUGAAGUGACCUGGCUUGCCAAGGAAUUUCCGACCAACGAACAGGCUUCGUCGGACAUGAAGAACCAUGCUACGCCAGAUGACAAUAUUGAAGGGUCUUCCGAAGAAAGUAAAGAAGAGAUCAAUCUGGGUACUCAGGCGCUUGACCUAGUGACUGCAUAUCAUGAAACAGAAAACGACACUGAACUCUCUCUCAAUGAUUCUAGUGAGGAAGGGGAGAUGUCUUCUAUCCAAAGUCUCGUUUCAAACGAAUGUUCUUCCUCAUCAGCUGAUAUUGUUUUUAAAGAGGAGGGGAAUUCCCUGCCCAAGAGCCUUUCUUCAGAGGAUCAACCUCCUGAUGCAGAUAAAAUGAAACAAUAUGAGUUAUUAAAAAGAGAAAAUGAAAUCUUAGAAAAUGAAAAUAACAAAUUGAAUGAUGAAAAAAUGUAUUUGAAAAAUGAAAUUAAAACCAGAAAUGCUAGAAUGGAUAAGGAACGUUUAGAGUUCAUUCCCGAAGGGAAAUACUUACAGGAGCUAAAUACAGAAAACCGGGCACUUGUAAAUGCACUGAAGGAAUGCACAUGUCAUUCUAAAGAUAAUGUUCUAUCCCUGCUAUCGAGCAGCUCAUCAAACGAUCAAUCCACUGAAACAGACAGUGUGUCUAAUAUUGAAUGCAUUAUUUUGGAAAAUUAUGAGGUGAUAUCCGAAAAUGAAAAUGAUUAUUGUAAACAUAGGCUUAUGAAUGCUGAGAAUGUUGAUAUUGAUAGACCUCUUCAAACUGGUUGCACUAAAGAAGGGGAGAUGUCUUCUCCCCAAAGUCUAAUAUCAAACGAUCAGCUACUAAAAGAUGUAAAAGGUUCUUCAUCAUUUAUUGUUUUUGAAGAAGGGGUGGCAUCCUUGCCAAGAAGCCUCUCGUCUGAGGAUCAACCUCCCGACGCAGAUGAAAAGCUAAUGAAAAUAUCAAAAGAAUGUCAGAUAUUAAAAAAAGAAAAAAAAAAUUUAGAAAAUGAAAACACCAGAUUGAUAAAAGAAAAUGUUGACCUGAGUAAUCAACUUAAAACCAAAAUUGCCAGAAUGGAUGAGGAACGUCUCAAGAAAUUCUCAAUAGGAAGGACUGCUUAUGGGACCGAACCCUCGACCACCUCGAAGAAGGAAGAUAGCUUUAGGACUUGUCGUCUUGAGGAUAGUGUUGGCAGAUUUAGCUUUUCUCUCAUCAUGCUCAUGCUGUUUGGACAGAUCGUUUUGGAGACUGACAUGAUCCCGCUGCGACUUGAUCGUUCUAUACAAGAGGCAGUCGUCAGCGAAAAGGCGGACAGUAGACUUGACGUUGUCUUCUCCAAGCCCAGCUCCAAGCCUCAAUGA